UGGAGUGCGGGACACAUAUGGCUGUGUAUGAUGAGAAUAUCCUGAAGAAUCCUUUUUACCAGGCCCUGGAAAAACACAGACCGGAUCUGUGCAGCAGGGUGGCAGAACUACAUGGCAUUAUUCUAGUGCCGUGUUGUGGAAGUUUACCAGCGGCCUCCUUUACAGCAUCUCAGUUCGACGGAUACGUGCUUCAGCCUGCUGAACAGGGUUACCAGACGCUGGAUGGAAAGGAAGUGUCUAUAGACAAUAACCAGGUCCGGCUGGGUGCAGGGUUUCCCAAUCCCACCUCUGUCCCCGUCCUGUUUGAGGAGACGUUCUACAAUGAGAAAGAGCAGGCCUACAGCAUACUGUGCAUCACACGGCCCUUCGACGCUGACCACAGCCCUGCUUUCGCAGAGGAUUUAAGUACUGUUUCUGCUCCGUACUGUCUGAAGAAUAUCGAGGAUGCGAGGGAAUUCUUGGGCCGCCAUGCUGAAAAACUGGACAAGCUUGUGGCCGCCUUUUGUCACUCCUUAAAGGAACAAGAGAGGAAGGGCCUUCGACAUCAAAUAGACUCUGUAAAUACCCUUUACACAAAAUGUCUUCAGUUGCUGUUGAGGGACUCUCGUCUGAAGAUUUUGGCGAGACAGGAGAUACAGAUGACUCUACUCAAACAAGCAGUGGAGAUGUACAUCCAUCAUGGCAUCCAUGAUCUACUCUUUAGUUAUGUGGGGACUCUUGAAGCAAGUCGGGAUGCAGCGUUCAACAAAACAACACGGUCCUUACAGGAUCUGCAGCAGAAAGAGCUUGGUGUGAAGUCAGAAUUCAGUAUAAAUAUUCCUCGUGCUAAGCGGGAGUUGAGUCAGCUGAACGGCUGUACGUCUCCCCAGCAGAAACUGCUCUGCAUAAGGAAGGUUAUUUUAACCGUCAUGCAUUCAACCAGACGUCGAGAUACAGUGAGCAUUGAGGCCAUGUGUGCUGAUGAUCUCCUGUUAGUCAUUCUCUAUCUGCUGAUCAAAACAGAAAUCCCUAACUGGAUGGCCAAUCUGAGUUACAUAAAGAACUUCCGCUUCCGUAAGUCCAGUAAGGAUGAGCUGAGUUACUGUCUCACCUCGUUUGAGGCUGCGGUGGAGUACAUCAGCCAGGGAAACCUCACCCAGAGCGCUCUGGGGUCAGGAGAUCGACUGUCCUUCAGACAGAAGGUGGACCUGCUGUCCCAGAAUGCUACACCUAUAGACCAGCUGUUUGAGCACAUUGUGAGUGGAAAUGAGGCUGAGGUGAAGCGUUUGCUGAGCGAGAGUGAGAAUGAGGAGGACGGGAGGAAGUUAUGUCACCCACUCUGUUCCUGUGACGCCUGUGACCGCCACAUCUCAGGGAGGUUAAACGACCCGUCCAUAGUCACUCCAUUCUCUCGGGAUGACAGAGGCUAUACUCCUCUACAUGUUGCUGCUAUUUGUGGUCAGUCCCUGCUGAUUGAUUUGCUGGUGUCAAAGGGAGCUGUGGUGAACUCCACCGAUUAUCACGCGCUCACACCGCUGCACCUUUCCUGCCAAAAGGGCUUCCAGGGUGUCACGCUGCUGCUCUUGCAUUAUAAGGCAAACACAGAUGCUCAGGAUAACAAUGGAAACACCCCUCUACACCUGGCCUGCAUGUACGGGCACGAAGAUUGUGUGAAGGCGCUGCUGUACUUCGACCUGCACUCCUGUCGACUGAACGUUCAGAACGAUAAGGGAGACACGCCUCUGCACAUCGCCGCUCGCUGGGGUUACGAGGGCAUCAUGGAGGUGCUCCUGGAGAACGGAGCAUCAACCCUCAUCCACAACAAAGCCAAGGAGACUCCAUUACACUGUGCCCUCAACUCCAAGAUUCUGUCAUUGUUGGAGCGCAGACACAAUGACUCCAGUAAAAGGGAAAGUGGAUUCGAGUCUCCGAGUCGCUCUCCUCAGCCGUCUGACUGCAGCAGCAGGCGUUCAUCUAUGUCCAGCAUGUCUUCACUCAGUGUUGCGGCCACACCGCCGGAGACCGAACGCACUCGACACAAAGAGGUGGAGAAGUUGUUGAGAGCCGUGGCUGAUGGAGAUGUGCAGAUGAAAGCAGCCCACCUGCAGCCGGACGGUGUGGGUGUGAACAGCAGUGCUGACGGCUUCACUCCGCUCCAUGUGGCGGCGCUGCACGGACACACAGCUCUAGUGUCUCUCUUCACCCGCCACGGUGCCAACAUCAACGCCCGCAACAAUCAGAGCGCCACCCCGCUUCACCUGGCCUGCCAGAACAGCCAGAUACAGGUGGUGUCUGCUCUGCUGGAGUGUAAUGCCAAACUGAACAAGAAAGAUCAGUAUGGAAACACACCGCUGAUUCUUGCUUGUCUGAAGGGAAAUCCGGAGCUAGCCACCAUUUUGCUUGAGAGCGGUGCGCUGGUGAAUCUGGCUAAUAAUCACGGUAACACUGGUCUGCAUGAGGCGGUGAGAGGCGGACACAUCCAACUGGUGGACCUGCUGCUGCACAGAGGAGCUUUAGUGCACAUGCGCAACAAGAGACAGCGGACCGCCCUCGACUGCGCACACGAGACCGCCGGGAAGAAUACAGAGAUUCAGAGACUCCUGCAGAAAGCCUGUGCUGACGUUCCGGACGUUCAUCCGGUCAAACCACACUCCAGAGGAACAGAGGGCAUUGUGGUUCAAAGAGUUAAACGGCAUGAGAGUCCCAGCAGUGGCAGAAAAGACGCAGACCUCACAAAACAAAGGAGUCAGAAGAGGACCGACAGAGCAGCGACCACCAUAGGAGUAUUAGACCAGAUGGCGGAGGGUCAGCGUGACAGACGCAGGCUGGUGAGAGGAGAGACGGUGGACAGCAGUGGGCCGCAGUCGCCUCACGCCCACAGCAGGAGCCUGACCCGCUGCCACACCAUCAGCCAGGACCUGACCCAGCGCUCGCUGCAGGAGCCCAACGGGGAGGAGGAAGACGCACGGUCCAGAGGAAGUGAUGUGGAGACCACAGAGAUGGACAAUGUUGUGUUGUGAUGGUGGUCUUCAAGCAACCGGUUUAAUAGACUAAAUAUAAAUCCAUCAUUGCUAAAUCAGUUCCGCCACCUCAUCCUGCUCUUUAUUGUAUUUGAGUGUUAAAGUAUCUAAACUUUUUUGACCUGAAUAUGCAAGAACUGUCAUUGUUUUUCAAGGUUAACAUUUUCUAAUGCUUGUGGUUUAUGAGAUGGAAACAGUUUUAGAGCUUUUAAGGGUCUGUAUGUGGAAAUCAGAAAGAGGAAGUUGCUUUUAAUAUUCCACUUAAAAAUGAUGCUCUUAAAUCACAAAAUAGAAAAAGUUAGCAUGUGUCAACACUGGUGGGUGAAAGGACAAAAACAGCAGUGAAGCAAGUGAAUAUCUGAGGUGUGUGAAGAGACUUUGGAAACUUUCUUCAUGUAUAGCAUGUAGGUUAAAGAGAGACAUUUACAAUAACUACAGAAAGAAC